CCUUUUUACACUUGUGCCUGGCUUCUUAGAACUGAUCGGGCUUGUCCCGCGUGUUCAAAAGGACUCAAACAACCUGAUUUGGUGAUCUUCCUGUGCAGUCACCCCGUUGUAUUCCUGGGCAAUACCCAUGUCGUACCAUGGUUCUGCCACCCGUUUAUAUUGUCAUGCAUAUUUCGGUCAGAAUUCAGGCACUUCAGGAGUGUCUACGCCGCCUGGGAAUGCCGGAUUUUAUAUUCCGAUGCAGAGCGGUUAUAUCUGUUUGUGGUAUAAAUAAACGCAAGGCCCAGCGCUUGUCUUGUAGCUAAUCAUGUUCGCCACGGGCAAGAAUACUAUACCUCUCACACAUUCACUUUAAUUCACCCAAUCCACGUAGUCGAAAUCAACCAAACCAUGCCUCGCCUUCAGCUCCUAAACCUAGGCAUCUUCCUCACCAGCGUCCUGGCAUUGACGCUCCCAGCACCCGCCACGCCAGCAAACCCCGACCCGGAGGCGCCAUCACCGACCAUACCCUCCUUCGAGGUCGAGUACGGCAGCGACAGCUACCAGGCCUGCGGCUACUUCCGCCCGGGCCAGAUGCGCUGUCCAGAGGACCACGUCUGCAUCGACAACCCGCGCCCGUCCUCGUGCGGCCAGGCCUGCGACGAUUACGGCGUCUGCGUCAAGCGGGAGGCCGCACGGUGCGGCCAGGGGAUGGCGGCCUGCGCGAGCGGCGGGCGCUGCCGCCCUACCAUCUUUGAGUGCAUCCCGCGUGUGGACGGUAGCGUGGGUGAGGGUUGCGCGAGCCUCUGCUUCCCUGACUAUUGGGAUGGUGAGCCGGAUCGGGCUGUCGUGUGAAGAGCGAGGGGGAGUUGUGUGUUUCAUGGUAUUCCCCCGGUUGACUUUUUGAGAAAGAGAAAGAGGGAGAAAAUGGGGGCGGGCUAGUGGAUUCGGAAAAUGAUACACCACCUGUAGUACGCUUCAGUAUGAGUUAUCGAUGGCUCAAGUCUGGAGCACAGGAUCCAAGGAAGUCUGAGGUAGGAGACGCAGAUAUUCUGCAUAAUAUAAUCGGUAGCUUGCAAAUAGUACUCGCACUCGCACGUUCACCCCAUCGC